AUGGCCAAGGAGCAGGAGGAGCUGUUAUCCCUUGUUGAAGCUCACCAGCGCAUCUUCCAGGAGAGGCUCAAAAAGAGCUUUUCCAAGUUGUUGUUCGGAGAGGAGCUUGGUCAGAGAGUUUUUCCCCUUCAGGAGUCGGUGAGGCACAGUCGGCACAGUACUGCCAUGGAGUCUUUAACUGAAGAAGCGCCAGAACAAGAAGCAAUCGAGGAUAUCGAGGAGCUUGUCAGAAAGCUGCCGAGCGAACCAAACAAACGUCAGGUUUCUGCACGGAUUGAAGAGGACAGCUUGGAGUUGGACCCCUGUCCUGAGCAGGAUCACCUCGAUGAGGUCAGCAUCGAUUUGGAGCCUGGCCCGGAGGAUCACAUCGCCAAAAACAGGAUCGACAGCUCCAUCACCAAUUGGUUCAACGGCGCCAGUACCCCGAAGAGCCCUGCAAUGAACACACCCGGUGUGAUGAACACUUUGAAGCAGACUUUGGCUGAAGAUUUCCAGUCGGAGGUACCGGAGUCGAGCUUUCCCAGGAGGUUGGAUCAGUUCGCUGGAGCGUUGAUUUGCUUGAGCUCUUUGUUGAUGAUCCUGGAAUUUGAAUGGGAGGGCCGCAACGCAGGCGCCUUGCUGGGGCAGGACUUCCAGGUUUCGGAGCACACUAUUCCCUUCCGCGUGGCUGAUGCCUUGUUUGAUAGUUUAUUUAUGCUUGAAUUCAUUUUGCAGAUCGUGGCCAACGGCCAAGCCUACUUCACAUAG